UCUGUUGGCUAUGUUGGGUGAUAUUCCUCCUGACUUUCAACAAAGUUUAAUCAAGUUCUCAGCAUCUUUGUAUAAAGGAUUUAACAAAACAGAGAGUGUAUGUAUGUCACCUUAUAGCAUCACGGCUGCGUUUCUGUUGUUGAUGAUUGGAGCAAGCGGACGGUCAAAGCAACAACUUUCCUCGGCUAUUUUUCAAAAUAGCUCAUUUUCAGACGAGGAAAAAUUGAAAUAUUAUAAGUCACUACAUAAUAAUAUUAUUGAAAGAGCUGGCAUUAAUGUUGAUUUGGCUAGUGCUAAUAGUCUGUUCGUAAGCGAUCAAUUCACAGUAUUGCAAAAUGUCCGAGAAAAUGCAAGACGAUAUUUUGGAGCCGAUAUUAGUAUAAAGGACUUUACAAAACCUAAAACAUCUGCAUCUGAAAUGAAUAGAUGGGUGUUAAAACAGACUAACGGCAAAAUAAAGGAUUUGAUUAAAGAAGAAUGGUUUGACACAAAUACUAUAAUGUUCAUUAUAAAUGCUAUAUAUUUUAAAGCCACGUGGUUGAUGCCAUUUUCUCCAAGUUCCACGAGAAAACAAAACUUUUACCUCCCGAACAACAAAAAGAUUAAAGUUGACAUGAUGCAAAAAGAGCUAGUAUUUCCCCUCUUUUUUCGAGGUUUGCAUUUCUCUGCUAUAGCGUUACCAUUCAGGGGUAGAGUCUUUGAUAUGGUCUUCAUUUUACCAGAUGCUACGGAUGGGCUCCCGAAUAUUGAAGAGAAGAUAACUCCUGAGUUUCUAAACGAUAUUUCUGCUGGAUUUAAACAAUCAGUUUUAAAAAUUGCUAUUCCAAAAUUUAAGUUGCAGUCCGAGUUUGAUUUAACAAAAGAACUACCUAAACUUGGAGUGAAAGACAUUUUUGGAUAUAAAGCUAACUUUUCAAAUUUAAUUAUUGAGAGAACACAAGGCUUACACGUCAAAGUUGCUGUUCAUAAGACUGUCUUCAACAUGAACGAAGCAGGUAUAGAGGGAGCAGCUGUUACAGCAACUAGGUUUGGUUUAAGAAUGAGCAUACCGUCGGGGUUCACUGCAAAUAGACCAUUUUUAUUUUAUGUUAGAGAUAUUAAAUCUGGUCUUAUUUUGUUUAUUGGUCGAUUCCAUCCACAACUCAAAUAAUUAAAGUUUUUUUUGCAAAACGACAGUAGAAUAAUUUGUAAACAACAUUGUAUACUUUCAGUAGCAUUUGAAGAACGUCCUUGACGGCUAUUGCAUUAAAUAAAUUGUUCCAAUAAAGUU